GAACAGAAGUAGAACAAAUAUCUGGGGUUACAGCUCAGGCAGGGCCUCAAAAGAGAGUCCAGUAGUUGUUUAUUCCCUGUCAUCCCCGGUAUUUGUAUUCUUCAUCAUCAAAUAUAGAGAGAGGUCAACAACUCAACUUUCUGUCCUCCCCUUUUCUGUAUAUCCUCCCUAUAUAUUCCAUCAUUCAAUAGCUAUUUGUUUUAAUAUAUUCAUUUUCAUUAUCGGAGCAGAACUUUAAUCAUAAACCCUUUAAAUCUUGUUAUAUUUUGUAAGAUCUGAUCACCGUCGCCACUAUGUCGUACGCUUAUCUCUUCAAAUACAUCAUCAUCGGUGAUACUGGAGUUGGUAAAUCAUGUCUUCUUUUGCAGUUCACAGACAAGCGUUUUCAGCCAGUCCAUGAUUUAACCAUUGGGGUUGAAUUUGGGGCCAGAAUGAUCACAAUUGAGAACAAGCCAAUAAAGCUGCAAAUCUGGGACACGGCUGGUCAAGAAUCAUUCAGGUCUAUCACAAGGUCCUAUUACAGAGGUGCUGCGGGUGCAUUGCUCGUUUAUGAUAUCACCAGGAGAGAAACUUUUAAUCAUCUUGCGAGCUGGUUGGAGGAUGCUAGGCAGCAUGCCAAUGCGAAUAUGACUAUUAUGCUGAUAGGAAAUAAAUCUGAUCUUUCUCAUAGAAGGGCUGUAAGCACUGAGGAAGGCGAACAAUUUGCCAAGGAACAUGGCUUAAUAUUCAUGGAGGCCUCUGCAAAAACUGCUCAAAAUGUUGAAGAGGCAUUUAUAAGCACUGCAGCUACAAUUCAUAAGAAGAUCCAGGAUGGAAUUUUUGACGUAUCGAAUGAGUCUUAUGGGAUAAAAGUUGGAUACGGUGGCAUACAAGGGACAUCAGGAGGAAGAGAUGGUUCUUCUUCUCAAGCAGGUGGAUGUUGCAGUUGAAAACGGAUUAUCUUCUUUUCUCAGUGGAAUGGAUUGUUUAAAGCUGAAAUUAGAGACUGGUUGUUGAUUGUUGAAACUGUCCCUUUGGUGUAUGUCUUCUUUUGGUUUAAAGGAUCAGUCUCUUUUAAAAGAUCAGUCUCCUUGAAAUCGGAAGUAAACAAAAACAAAUAUAUACAUGUUUAUUUCUCAGCCAGCUGUAAAAUUAUAAAUUGUAAAAUAUGUAAAUUAAAAUGUUUAUUAUUUAUUGCAAGUGUGAUAAUUAAAAUAUUGUGUCCUUGCUUUGCUUUUUAUAUAUUUAGAUUGAGUUUGUUACCUAUU